UGGCGCCCUGGCCACCGUCGGGACGGUCCACGUGGUGCGUCCGGCGGCAGCUUGGGGCAGUGGCUACCCCGCUCCCUCCACGCGCUCCUCGGGGGGCCGGCCCCGGCGGGGGUGCGGACAGCCGCCGCGGAGCGGGCCGGACGGAGGGCCGGAGGGAGCGCGAGCCCUUCGCGACGCUUUUGCGACAGCCGCGGCCGUGUUUCGCCGAGUCUCCUCCCUCCUCCUCUCUCUGAUGAGGAAAGAUGAUAAAGACUAUGCUUUAAAACAAAUAGAAGGAACCGGGAUCUCUAUGUCGGCAUGUAGAGAAAUAGCACUACUCCGAGAGCUCAAGCAUCCAAAUGUCAUCUCUCUCCAAAAGGUGUUUCUGUCUCACGCCGAUCGGAAAGUGUGGCUUCUGUUUGACUAUGCGGAACAUGACCUCUGGCACAUAAUCAAGUUCCACAGAGCUUCUAAGGCGAACAAGAAGCCGGUUCAGCUCCCGCGGGGCAUGGUGAAGUCGCUGCUGUACCAGAUCCUGGACGGGAUCCACUACCUGCACGCGAACUGGGUGCUGCACAGGGACCUGAAACCUGCUAAUAUUUUAGUUAUGGGUGAAGGUCCUGAGCGAGGAAGAGUAAAAAUUGCCGAUAUGGGCUUUGCCCGAUUAUUUAAUUCACCUUUGAAGCCUUUAGCAGAUUUGGACCCCGUAGUUGUCACUUUCUGGUACCGAGCCCCAGAAUUACUUCUUGGAGCGAGACAUUAUACCAAAGCUAUUGAUAUUUGGGCUAUAGGGUGUAUAUUUGCAGAACUACUAACGUCAGAACCAAUAUUUCACUGUCGACAAGAGGACAUCAAAACUAGUAAUCCUUAUCACCAUGACCAGCUGGACAGAAUAUUCAAUGUAAUGGGAUUUCCUGCAGAUAAAGAUUGGGAAGAUAUAAAAAAGAUGCCCGAACAUUCAACAUUAAUGAAAGAUUUCAGAAGAAAUACGUAUACCAACUGCAGCCUUAUCAAGUAUAUGGAAAAGCAUAAAGUGAAACCAGAUAGUAAAGCAUUCCACUUGCUUCAGAAGUUGCUCACCAUGGACCCAAUCAAGCGAAUUACCUCAGAACAGGCUAUGCAGGAUCCCUACUUCUUAGAAGACCCACUUCCUACGUCAGAUGUUUUUGCCGGUUGUCAGAUUCCUUACCCAAAACGGGAAUUUCUAACAGAAGAAGAACCUGAUGACAAAGGAGACAAAAAGAACCAGCAGCAGCAGCAGGGCAAUAACCACACGAACGGAACCGGCCACCCCGGCAAUCAGGACAGCGGCCACACGCAGGGACCCCCGCUGAAAAAGGUGCGCGUCGCCCCGCCGACCACUACCUCAGGUGGACUGAUCAUGACCUCAGACUAUCAGGUACUGGACGCGCGGCGUGCCGCCUUCGCGGCCCAUUUCGUACCGGUUUUUCUGACCACGAUGUCACGUGUCCGCUCUUUCUAAGAUGUCACUUUUGCUAGACUUGGCAGAGUUUAGAAUUAUAUGACUUAUUGAACAGACUUUGAAAGAGGAAAGCCAUAGAUCACGGCUAAUCUUGUAUAGCGUUCGCCUUGGGAGCGAGUAGCAUGAGACGCAGGUGCAGGGGCGGGAAUAAUAACGCAGCAGGUGACAGGUAGAGGCCCCUGAACUCUGCCUCUGUUCUCUUCCUUUGGGCCGGUUGUAGAGUUCAGGAUGCUACUCUGACAUUUCAGUAAUUAUCAUCAUACUUUUGAAUAUGACUUGCAGCAGAGAGUGAGAUUCAUUCGUUUAAAGGACACAAAAAGAUUUAGUGCCGAGGAAAGUAAUUCUGCGGCAUCCCUUCUCGCCACGUCCAUUUUUAUCCGUUAGUCGUGCGUGCGCGUCGCGGAGCUUCCUCUGAAGACGCGAGCACGUGAAUCUGCUUGGAAUGUCUUAACGUGCACGUCGAGUUCACGUGUAAAGCUGUCAAGCACGUUAGUUAUGAGUUCUCAAAUAGGUGCAGAACAGCACGAAAAGGGGGUGCUGCCGUAGAACAACACAGCGUAGUCAUGGACUUCGCACAGAAAAGCGGAUACUAAUAAAGAUUUGGGGGUUCGGCCCUUUGAACGCGAAAGCUGCUGCGCGGCCCAAGACUUCUACUGGGGUCUUGAAGCCGUGGCGUCGGCGGCG